CUAGAUUUCGACAAGACCUGGAAGUGUGGCUGAAGGACUACCAAGCCUGCAAUAAAAAUGGCUGGGAAUAAUCUGGUAUUGCCAAUUGUGCUGUGGGGCCGCAAAGCUCCGACACAUUGCAUUUCAACUCUGCUGUUGAUGGAUGACUUGGCCACUAUCGUAACAGGGUGUCACGAUGGUCAAAUCUGCCUUUGGGACUUGACUCCAGAAAUCGAGAUCCUUCCCAGGGCUUUACUGUUUGGCCACACGGCAUCUAUCACUUGCCUUUCUAAAGCCAGUGCCACCAGUGACAAACAGUAUGUUGUCAGUGCAUCGGAAAGCGGAGAGAUGUGCCUUUGGGAUGUGAAUGAUGGUCGAUGCAUUGAAUUCGCUAAACUGGCGUGCACACAUACUGGCAUACAAUUCUAUCAGUUCAGCAAUGGCACUCAGAGGGAAGGAAGACUUCUGUGUUAUGGACAUUACCCCGAAAUCCUUGUGGUAGACGCUACAAGCCUUGAAGUCCUGUACUCAUUGGUUUCCAAAAUUGCCCCCGAUUGGAUCAGCUCAAUGAGUAUUAUUCGCUCACCAAGGACACAAGAAGACACAGUGGUAGCAGUUUCAUUGACUGGAAUUUUGAAGGUCUGGAUUAUUACCGCUGAGAUCAAUCGACUGCAGGACAUUGAGCCGUUAUUUGAAGAGGAAUCCAAACCUAUCUACUGUCUGAACUGCCAAAGCGUUUCAUUCUGCACGUACACGCAACAGUCCCUGCUGGUAGUUUGCUCCAAAUACUGGAGGGUUUUUGAUGCAGGAGACUUUUCUUUGCUGUGUUCUGUACCCUGUGAGAGUGGGCAAUCGUGGACUGGAGGUGACUUUGUGUCUGUUGACAAAGUGGUCAUUUGGACAGAAGAUGGGAGUAGCUUCAUGUACCAGCUACCUUCCAGUUGUUUGCCAGCCAGCGAAUCAUUCCGCAGCGAUGUUGGCAAAGCUAUCGAGAACUCCAUCCCGCCUUUGUUGUUUAAUGUGCUGGAUCGGAAAGAUAAAUCGCAGAGAGACCAGAAUGCAGAGGUUGGGUAUGUGGGAGAGGCAGUAGUCCACAUACCUCACGAGCAUUACCCUGACCCUGCAAAAGCCUGGGAGCUCUACAGUCCUCAUCUGAUAUCUUGCACUCAGCCUCUCGAGGCACCACUUCUCAUCUGCUCACCUGUCACACGGUUCUUCUAUGGCCGUAGAGAACCUUUCCACAAACUCCUGGUCCAGGGAGACUCAUCAGGGAGGAUCUCCAUGUGGUCUAUCCUCGAUACCGCUGGCCUAACGGGGAGCGGUGACGUCAGAGUGAUGGAAGUCACCACUUCUGCAUGCCUGCAAGACGCAUUUGACAAACUCAGUCCCAGGCCUGCUGGGAUCAUAGACCAGUUGAGUGUGCUUCCUGGCAAUGAAGAACCAUUGAAGGUGACGGCAAGUGUUUAUAUUCCCUCUCACGGACGUCUGGUGUGUGGCCGUGAAGAUGGCAGCAUUAUUAUUGUACCAGCCACUCAGACUGCCAUCGUCCAAUUACUCCAAGGGGAACAUAUGCUGCGACGAGGGUGGCCUCCUCACCGAACCCUUCGUGGCCAUCGAAACAAAGUGACGUGCCUGCUGUACCCACAUCAAGUCUCAGCACGUUACGACCAGCGCUGCCUGGUGUCGGGCGGAGUGGAUUUCUCCGUCAUUAUCUGGGACAUCCUGUCUGGGGAAAUGAAGCACAUCUUCUGCGUCCACGGCGGGGAGAUCACUCAGCUCGUGGUUCCACCUGAAAACUGCAGCUCUAGGGUCCAAUACUGCAUCUGCUCCGUGGCCAGCGAUCAUUCAGUUGGUCUUCUCAGUCUGCGAGAGAGGAAGUGUAUAAUGCUGGCAUCGAGGCAUCUCUUCCCCAUUCAAGUCCUAAAGUGGCGUCCCUCAGACGAUUACCUGGUGGUGGGAUGUUCAGACGGCUCCGUGUACGUCUGGCAAAUGGACACUGGAGCACUAGACCGCUGUGUAAUGGGAAUCACAGCAGUAGAGAUAUUGAAUGCUUGUGAUGAAGCUGUUCCAGCUGCCGUGGACACCCUGAGUCACCCCGCUGUAAACCUGAAGCAGGCCGUGACCCGCCGGAGCCUGACUGCACUGAAGAACAUGGCCCAUCACAAGCUACAGACCUUUGCCACCAAUCUCUUGGCCUCCGAAGCUGCUGACAAGGUAAUUGUUAUAUUUCAUUGUUUUAUUAUUCAGGACGUCCUCCCA